UCUUUUGUUCUCUGGGCUGCAGGGACAUGGGGCAGUAAUGUUAUAAGCAGCUUUAAGCCGGGUUUGAUUACAGAUGAUCAAUUCAUACCUCGAACCUACGUACCGGGAGCCUCAGAUAUGAUUGGAUCUUUGGUGUCCUGAGAGAGAAGCUGCCGCUAUGUCUCGCCAGUGUUAUGGCCGAAGCCUGGGAGGCAGCAUUGGGGGUUUCAGCUCCAGCUCUGCCUGUUUUGGUGGUGGGAACAAAGUCAGCACGGUGUCACGCGGAGGAUGCGCGGGCUUAGCCUGGAGUCCCAGAGGCUUUGGCAGUAGGAGCCUGCAUAACUUGGGAGGAAAUAAAAGGAUUUCCAUUGGUGGAUUUGGUGGCACUUGUGGAGGGUUUGGGGCCGGUGGCCAAGCAGAUGGAGGGUUUGGCGGUGGUGCUGGGUCUGGGGGACAGUUCAGUGGUGGGCUCGGCGGUGGCUUUGGUGGUGGGGCUUUAGGAGGAUUCAAUGGUGGAUGGGAUGGCCCUGGAUUUCCUGUUUGCCCACCUGGUGGCAUCCAAGAAGUGACCAUCAACCAGAACCUCCUGACUCCUCUCAACUUGAAGAUCGACCCAGAGAUCCAGAAAGUGCGGAAAGAGGAAAGGGAGCAGAUGAAGACCCUGAACAACAAAUUUGCCUCCUUUAUCGACAAGGUCCGAUUUCUAGAACAGCAGAAUAAAGUUCUGGAGACGAAAUGGAAACUCUUGCAGGAACAGGGCCAAGGGCCCAUUAAAAAGAACCUUGACCAGCUCUUUGAGGCUUAUAUCAAUGGCUUGAGAAAGCAGCUAGACGGCCUGUUAAAUGAGAGGCGACAGCUGGAUACCGAGCGAAAGAACUUCCAAGAUCUGGUGGAGGAUUUCAAGAACAAGUAUGAAGAGGAAAUAAACAAGAGGACAGCUGUGGAGAAUGACUUUGUGGUCCUGAAAAAGGACAUGGAUGUGGCCUAUAUGAACAAGGUGGAGCUGCAAGCGAAACUAGACUCCCUGACUGAUGAGAUCAACUUCCUGAGAUGUCUGUAUGAGGCGGAACUGUCUCAGAUGCAGCAGAUCGGUUCUGACACCUCCGUGGUCCUGUCUAUGGACAACAACCGAAACCUGGACCUGGACAGCAUCAUCCGGGAGGUCAAAGCGCAGUACGAGGAGAUUGCUCAGAGGAGCCGAGCGGAGGCAGAGGCUUGCUACCAGUGCAAGUUUGAAGAGCUGCAGGUGACAGCUGGGAAACACGGAGACAGUCUACGAGACAGCAAGAGCGAGAUCUCAGAGCUUAACCGGAUGAUCCAGAGGCUACGGGCUGAAAUAGAAAAUGUGAAGAAGCAGUGUGGAAAGCUGCAGACCUCCAUUGCCGAUGCCGAGCAGCAAGGCGAGCUGGUCCUCAAAGAUGCCAAGGGCAAACUGGCUGAGCUGGAGGGUGCCCUGCAGAAGGCCAAGGGAGAUUUGGCGCGUCAGCUGCGGGAGUACCAGGAGCUGAUGAACGUCAAGCUGGCGCUGGAUAUUGAGAUCGCCACCUACCGGAAGCUGCUGGAAGGAGAAGAAUGCAGGAUGUCUGGAGAAUGCCAAAGUGCUGUGAGCAUCGCCAUGGUGGGUGGCAGCUUAACCUCUGGAGGUGGGAUUUGCCUUGGAGGAGGAGGAGGCAGUGGUGGUAGAAUUGGUUUCAGUUCUGGAAGUGGAAGAUGUGGAUAUACCUUAGGUGGAGGAUCCGUCUCUGGUGGAGGAUACAGUGCAGGCAAGGGAGGGUACGGAUCUGGAGGCGGGUCCAGUACCAUUGCGAAAACAACCGUCACCUCCACAUCGGUGAAAUCGACAAGCAGGAGAGUCUAGAAGAUGGUGCCUUCUCUUAUCAUCUAAUGGCUGCAGCUCAGCCCUGCCACCCAACCCUGACAUCCAAAAGAGAAACGAACGGUGUCCCUUACAGCUCAAUAACCUGCUAUGUAUUGCCUCAAAGAGACCAACUGUCAUGGUGACAAUUGUCACCCAACCAGUUGUCAU